AUGAAGGGAAUAUCUUAUCGGGGUAAUCGUAUUUGUUUCGGAAGAUAUGCUCUUCAGGCACUUGAACCCGCUUGGAUCACGUCUAGACAAAUAGAAGCCGGGCGACGAGCAAUGACACGAAAUGCACGUCGCGGUGGAAAAAUAUGGGUCCGCGUUUUUCCUGACAAACCUGUUACAGUAAGACCCGCAGAAACCCGUAUGGGUUCGGGGAAAGGAUCUCCCGAAUAUUGGGUAGCUGUUGUCAAACCAGGUCGAAUACUUUAUGAAAUAAGCGGAGUAGCAGAAAAUGUAGCCCGAAGAGCUAUCACAAUAGCGGCAUCAAAAAUGCCUAUACGAACUCAAUUCAUUAUUUCAGGAUAA